AUGUCUUUCCUGGAACAAAUUAAUCGCAUGAACGAGGACCUUCGAGAACCAAAAGAACAACUGAAGCAACUUAAGGAACUGGACCUUUUCGUUUUGGACAAUUCCCUCCGAGAAAGCACUGUAGGACAGCUCCGUGGCCAUACUGUCGAAAACAAAUGGAAAAUAUACAACGAGGUGAGCCAGUCCCAUCUGAAUAUUCCUUAUGAUUACUCUGUAUAGUGAAUAUAAUUCCUACACUGGAAGAGUAUGAUAUGGUGUUCGCUUGGCUAAGAACUUCAACUUAAUCUGUUUCUUUUCUUCUCCUCCCCCUCCAUUUCGUUAGUUUUCUGAAUCUGCCUCUUCCUCCUCCUCUUCUUGCCUUUCCUUUUUGUCUUCUUUCUUCUACACUUUUCUUCUUCUCCUCUCGCUACUCCACGUUCUGCUUCAUCUUCUCCUCAUUCUGCUCCCUUUUCUCCUCUCAUCUUCCUCCCUCCGCUUCCUUGCCCUCUCUUCUCCCCCUACCCCCUCUUCAUGUCUCCCACUCUUCACUUCUUCCUUCCCCAUCCUUCUGUUUCAUCUUUUCCUCCAAUUCCUUCUCUUUCUCUUUCCUCUGCAUCUGUUUCUUCUUCGUCUCCAUCAGUCACUUCUCAUCGAUCUCCUUCUGUUAUCCAUUUUCUUCUCCCCGUCUCUCUUCUGUCACUCUUGCCCACUAAUUCUUCCCACCCUUCUCCCAGAAACUAACAUUACAUAAAAUAUAUAUAUAGGGACGCCAUAACUUCCCAUUUUUGUUUCGUUAUUAUUCAUGUAUAGGUGAAAAAAGUAGGCUUCCAGAAUAUCAUCGUCGCAUCGUUUAACCACAUGACCCGCCUGGGGGACACAUUCUGCAGUCAACUUAAAGAAAAAGGAGAAGACUUCAGUAAAUUUUUUGCCUUCACGGAGUUCAUUGAAUCUGUUGACAAAGAUAGAUAUCCCGAUACAGCAACUGUUCCCAUUGGUUUCAAAAAGAUGAAAGAGUAUGGCAUCAAACAUGCCAUUAUUGAGGUUGACUUAGUCUACGGUGGCAUCGACUACAAAAAGUUUCUUCCUGAAGAUAUCAACAACCUUCUUUCUGAUCGAAUGACGUGGGUGAGAGAAAAUCUUUCCAAGGAUUCCCGCAUAUUCAUCAACCUCCGUGACUUUCCGGAGAGUAUGCUGAAGAACCCUAAACGAAUUUUCCAAGUGGUCCAUUACUUGUCCUCUUUGCCCCAAGUGAGCGUCCCUUUGGUUUGA